AUGGAGAACCAAACAUUGGUAAAGAAUUUCAUCCUCUUGGGGUUCACUGAUGUGCAGAAAUACCAGGGUCUUCUAUUUUUGAUUCUCCUGGUUACCUAUAUCUUGACCAUAAUGGGAAACAUUGUGAUCAUCACCAUCAUCCUCCUGGACCAUCGCCUACAAACCCCCAUGUACUACUUUCUCUGGAACUUCUCCCUGUUGGAAAUUGGUUUCACCUCCACCGUCAUCCCCAAAGCCCUGUUCAACCUGGCAUCAGGCAACAGAACAAUUUCCAUACCUGGAUGCUUUGUACAAGUAUUCCUCUAUUUUGUCUUGGGUACUAUUGAAUUCCUCUUAUUGGCAGUAAUGUCCUUUGAUAGGUAUGUGGCCAUCUGUCACCCUUUGUCCUACACCACCGUCAUGAAUGAGCGUGUUUGCAAAAUACUUGUGCUGAGCUCUUGGAUGAGUGGCUUUUUGAUACUUAUUGGACCAUCACUUGUAGUAUUCCAACUGCCCUUUUGUGGCCAAAAUAUCAUUAACCACUUCUUUUGUGACAAUGGACCCCUGAUCAAACUUGCCUGUGCAGACACUAGACUCCUGGGACUGGUAGACUUCACAAUAGCUGUGUUUUCUCUCCUGGGCACUUUUACCGUUACAAUCCUGUCCUAUGCCAGAAUUAUCUCCACUGUCCUGAACAUCCCUUCUGCUUCUGGGAGACAGAAAGCCUUCUCCACCUGCAUAUCACAUCUCACCGUUGUCUCCAUCACCUAUAGCAGCUGCAUCUUCAUGUACAUCAAACCCAUGGAUAGCAGGGGGCUGGACCUCAGCAAGGGGGUGUCCAUUCUCAAUACAGUGGUGUCCCCUUUGCUCAACCCGUUCAUUUACAGCCUGAGGAACAAACAGGUUCAGGAGGCUUUCUGGGAUUUGCUAGAGAAG